CCCAAGGCAAGACAGAAGUGGGAACCCACUACCCCAGCCAGAUCCAUUUGCACAUACCAUGCCCCACUUGCCUGGGACCAACAGAUUUCUGCCACGUCUCAGGCUCAUCAUAUCAGUGGUUGGAGAAACCCAGAUUGCCGACUCCAAGCUCCUAAACUUUGGCACCCAGCUGUAGCGUAGAAUCGCAGUUUGCUAUUGAUCAGCAGCAAAGAGAUGUAUGCAACUUGCCGCAGGGGAUCCCAGCCCGUGAGGCAGAAAUAAAGAAGAGAGAGCUAUAGCUUCGAAUACAAGGUGUGUUGCCUUACAGUUGGUCAACUACUGUAAACGUUUGACAAUUCUUCUUCUCCACCAAUGAACCUCUCCCGAUCUACAUUCAGAAAAAGUCCCCAGUUUGUUCGUUGGAAGUGGUAGCUCACAAGUUCUGAUCUUUGCCUAAACUGGUAAAAGUUGUGAACUUUUGUCGUUUGCAAUCCUUGGUGGGAGACACAGGUUGCUCCCACACAUUUGGAAAGUGUUGAGCUUCAGAAAAGGGCAAAUGCUUUGUUGAUAUCAUCUUCCACAUUGGAUUGGUCGUACGUUUAUCGUUUUAAGGGAAGUUCAUUUCUUUCCUUAAACCCAUUAGGAAGAUUAGUAAAUUGUCUUUUGGGGAGUGAGAAAUUUCCGUCAGUUUCAAGGUGUUCCCAUUUUCUGGGCAAGAUUGAUUUUUGCGGACUAGGUGUUCGUUGUAUUGCCUCAACCGAGUUGUGAGGAGGAGGGCUGAGACGCAGAGUGGGUUUUUGAGUAUGGUGGAGGAUGAUGAGAAUGUGGAAGCAGCAUCUGGUGGUGAGGUGAUGGAGGUAGGAAGGGAUGGAGGAGGUAGAUCUUGUUCUCGUGACUGCUUGUUGACUCCGCUGUACUGGUUCAAAAUGCUCGCUAAGGAGACCCACUGGAGCUUCGUCUAUGGUGUCCUGGUCGUUUAUGGAAUCAGCCAGGGUUUCGGAGGUGCUUUCUCUAAGGUGGGCACUGAGUACUACAUGAAGGAUGUUCAAAAGGUGCAGCCAUCUGAGUCCCAGAUCUACCAAGGACUCAUCUCGAUCCCUUGGCUUGUAAAGCCUAUUUGGGGCCUCCUCACUGACGUCAUCCCCAUCUUAGGCUUUCGUAGACGCCCUUACUUCAUUCUAGCAGGAUUGCUUGGUGUGGCUUCAAUGCUUCUAUUGUCAUUGGGUGGGAAGAUGCACCUGUUUUUAGCUGUUCUGCUUUUGAUUAGUGGAAGUGCUGGUGUGGCAAUAGCAGAUGUAACAGUAGAUGCCUGUGUGGCACAGAACAGCAAUGUCCAUCAUUCCCUUGCUGCUGAUAUGCAAAGUUUGUGUGCUUUAAGCUCGUCCAUCGGGGCUUUGAUUGGAUUUGGUUUCAGUGGGAUAUUCGUUGAUCUCCUUGGCCCUAAGGGGGUGUUUGGUUUGCUUGCAAUCCCAGCUGCACUUGUAUUGUCAGUAGGAGUUUUGCUGGAAGAGCCUUUGAUGCCUAAUUUCAGUUACAAACAGGUAAGCCAUAGGUUCGUCGAAGCUGGGAAGGCCAUGUGGAUAACAUUGAACUAUCCAGAAGUGUGGAGACCAUGCCUCUACAUGUACUUAUCUCUCACUUUGAGUGUCAACAUUGAUGAAGGCUUGUUCUAUUGGUAUACCGACUCGAAGGGUGGUCCCUCUUUUUCCCAGGAAACUGUUGGUUUCAUAUUCUCAAUUGGGUCAAUUGGAUCCUUAUUGGGGGCACUACUAUACCAAAAUGUACUGAAAGACCAUCCUUUCCGAAACUUGCUUUUCUGGACCCAACUGUUGUCUGGUCUGGCUGGGAUGCUGGAUUUGAUUCUGGUGCUGAGAUUGAACUUGAGAUUUGGGAUGCCUGACUACUUCUUCGCUGUGAUCGACAACAGUGUGACUCAGUUGAUUGGGAGGCUGAAAUGGAUGCCACUUCUUGUGCUGAGCUCCAAGCUUUGCCCUCCUGGAAUUGAAGGCACUUUCUUUGCUCUCCUCAUGUCCAUUGAUAAUCUCGGCACUCUCUCGUCUUCCUGGGGAGGAGGCGUCCUCUUGCACAUAAUGAACGUAACCCGAACCAAGUUUGACAGUCUAUGGCUGGUCAUCUUGUUGCGGAACGUGUUGAGAAUCACCCCACUUUUGUUGCUGUUCUUGAUUCCUGCUGGUGAUCCAAAUGCUUCCAUACUUCCAAGUGAGGCACUGGCUGAAGAAAAAGAAACUGGGACUCCAGCAGAUGGAGACUUGGAGUUGGUGUCCCUGGUAGGUUUUCAGAUGAUCGAUGCAUUCGCUGAGUCGCAAGAACUUCCAAUGAACACAGUGCAAUGCAAAGCUUUGUUUGGAGAAGGUUAUGUUGGGGAUGCACCUGUUCUCCUUGCAAAGCCUCAGACUUAUAUGAACCUGAGUGGUGAAUCAGUUGGACCUCUUGCAGCUUAUUACAAACUGCCUCUUAACAAAGUUGUCGUGGUAUAUGAUGACAUGGACUUGCCUUGUGGAGUGCUUCGACUUCAACCAAAGGGAGGUCAUUUUAGCCACAACGGUUUGAAGAGUGUGAUCUAUCACUUUCGAGGGAACAGAGAAUUUGCUCGGCUCAGAAUUGGAAUUGGAAGGCCCCCUGGCCAAAUGGACCCAAAGGCUUUCUUGCUACAGAGGUUCAAUGCCACAGCUCAAGGGCGAAUCGAUGCAGCUUUGCCGGAAGGAGUUGCUGCAUUGAAGUCCAUCUUAUCAAAAGGUUUAACAGAGACUGCAAGAUGGUUCAACCAACAACAAAAGUACAAGCACAUCAGAGUGCAAACCCUCCCAACAUGACAAGCUCCUCCCCUUACAGGACCAUUCAAAAGGACAUCGCAUGUGUUCUUUUUCCUCUGUGUAAAAGGAAAGUUGGUAAACAACAGUGUUAUAGCUGUGAAUUGGUUUUAGCACUUUCUUUUGCGCCUGUAAAUCUGCCUUCAUAUUUUUCGAUCAAACAAUCGAAGGGACUCAUAAAUGUAAGUAUGAUUGAUCAAAUAAUCAUCGUCUAACUUGACGACCAAUGUCAAACCUAUCCAACGAACUAAAUGCUUCAGACUUGAAUACGGAUGACUUCUACUCGAUCCAUCCUAUCUAUGGAGGAGAAAGGAGCUAAAUGGGC